CAAUAAACGGCUUAGGCCUCUGAAGCUGCGGUCCAUUCUCUGUUCUCUUAGUACACUUAUCCCGCCUAUGCUUCUGUCAGAUCGGGACGGUAGUACUUCUUCACCCCCCUCAAGUCACAAUAAUACUUUAUCGCACAGCUUCCAACCUAUUCAACGAUCUUCUUCCUCAUUCGCACAAGAAGCUCACAAUGCCAGCCAUCAACUUCCCCCGCUCGGCCACAGUCCUGUCUCACAAAACCAUCGGCAAGCGAAGCUGGGCUGGUGAAGAACCCGGUGUGAUUCUGGAUUUUGUCGUGGUCUUCAUCGUGCUCUGUGGGAUUUUGGGCCUUAUCAUCCAGAAAGCGUGGCGGAAUCGUCAGGCUGAGAGGGCGGAAUGGGAGAUAACGGAGAUUAAGGAUUAGUGGGCAGUUGACAUUGUCGUUAUACCCGAAUUUGAAUGUGCGCCUGACGUGAGCGUUGAGGAUGGUAUCUUGGAACUCUUGAUUAAUAGCUAAAUUAAUACGCUUGUGAUGAGAAUUGAUGUAGGGUAUAGUUC